AUGGAGAGACGAGAUAUGGAUGAUGGAGGAGUGGUAGAAGCAGAGGUUUUGAUUCCAAACUCUGAUUCAUCUGUUAAUGUCCAAUCUUCUGUUUCUAUGGAUUCGUUUUUUGAUGAAUUGUUGAAAAAUGCCCAAACUUCAUGUACUCAUACCCAUACUUGCAACCCUCCUGGACCUGAUGAUUCUGCACACACUCACACAUGUUACCAUACACAUACCCAAGUCAUUCAACCUGAUGAGAAACUGGAUUUCCCAACUGAUAAUGAAAAGUCAAGGUUGAAAUCUAAGAGGCCUUCUGGAAAUAGAGAAGCUGUUAGGAAGUAUAGGGAGAAGAAGAAGGCGCACAGUGCUUUUUUGGAAGAGGAGGUUAGGAAACUGCGAUUGGUGAACCAGCAGUUGAUUAGGAAAGUUCAGAGGCAAACAAUUAUGGAAGCUGAAAUCUUGAGGCUCAAAGGGCUUUUACUUGAUCUUAGAGGGAAGAUUGAUGUUGAGUUAGGAAGCUCUGCCCCAUUUCAGAAGGAUUGUAAUUCUGGUUUGAAUUUGGGGUUGAGGUGUGAGAAUGAAUUGACUUGUUUGAGUUCUCAAGGAGUUUCAUCUGAAUCGCCUUUGGGCGAUUUUGGUGGAUGUAAUAAAACUGGAACUUCUUUGGACAAGAAUUGCCAGUCUGCUGCAGUGGCUGAUCAGUCUCAAGAGAAAGCAAAUUCUAGAGAAACUGGGAGAGUUGGUAAUAUUGACUCAGUGGAAAUCAUGGUUUCAUCAGCAUCUCAGGAAGAUGAAUGA